CCGAUGACCAAAGACUGCAACAAAGACAAUACAUACCCAGGAAAGAACAUGUUCAACCGAUUCGACCCAGAAACUACCCAGACAACCUAUGUCGUAGUCGAAGCAAUAGACAAGUUAUGCUGCAGAUUCAGGUGUUCGUUCGGCGAGAAGCUCGGGAAGGCCACCGGAGGACUAGCAGCAGAAGAGAUCGAACACCGCAAAGCGCUUCUGAUCGACAUGCGAACGAACUUACUCCCCCGAUUAGACCAACAACUGACCGACCUCUUGAUCUCACUAGACAUCUCCGAUCUCUCAAGGGAACCUAACCCAAAGCUACUGGCCACCUUAGAAAUCAUCAAUAAGCUAGGCGACACACUCGGCCACCUCAGAUCUUCAACCGACUCCAUCGCACUCGGUCCUCGACAAGCAUCCGAAAGCGAAGACUACUCCUGCGGGGUACUGAAAGUCUAUCGAUCCAAUCGUCUGCUCUCCAAGAUCAACGAGCUCAUCGAAACUAAGAUCUGUUCAUUAUUCCAUCAUUCUGUCGAUUUUAUCGAAGCCUGGCAGUCAUCAAAUACUCCUCAGAGGCACCGUUCUGAAUUUUAUCCUCGCGCCCGUAAAUCCAAUUCCCUCGAUGACCGAAUGAAGCUGAUCUCGAUCACCGGUCUAUCCUGUUGUAUGAUCAGGGGGAUCAUCGAUUGGCUACCAUUGGACGACUUUGCAAUCCUUCAAACCGAAUGGCAACCUCAACUUGAUCUACUCAAUUCCCAUCUGCUCGAGUUGGUCAACCGCAUCGGUCUACCACUCCCACCCGAAGUCAAAAGACGAAAAUCAGAAGACCAAGAUUCUUAUCAAUCUGAUUCUUCUUCUUCUUCUUCUUCUUCUUCCUCAGCUUCACCCAAAGUCCAGAUCGAAGUUGAGAAUAGUCCGACAAAUCACCAGAACCAACCGGAGAAGAGCUCAACCACUGAGAACCCAGCCGAGAAGAACUCAACCGAUGUGAACUCACCGGAGAAGAACUCAGCCGAUGUGAACCCACCGGAGAAGAACUCAACCAUUGAGAACCCAGCGGAAAAUAUCUUAACCAAUGAGAACCCGGCAGAGAAGAACGCUACAAGCAUACCCAAGGUGGCUCAAACUAAAUCCUCAGGUGAGAAGGAUGGAUCAGAAGACGGAUCAGAUUCUAGCGAUUACGAUAGUGAUUACUCGGGAAGUAGCGCAUCGAGUGGCCAGUCCGAAGAUAUUCCAGUGAGACGGUUGACGGUGGAACUAGCCAAGCAGGCUAUCCCGAUCGUCAAGCUCGUCCGGAUCUUCUUCAAAAAGCUGUCCAGGCGAGGCUCUAACCUGAGGCCGUUUACCCUGGAUGAGGAGAUGAGCUCGGACGAGUUGGAGGCUUUGCUCGAGAAACUUAACGACUUCACUGAGGCGGUCAAUGAGGUCGUGCGGAUCCUACUGAAGAUCUACGAUCAGGAUGAUCUCGGUGAAGAAGAGCUCGAGCUGAUCAGAAACAAGAAUAAAUCGAUUCCCGAUCUCUUCGAUGGUGCCUUACUCCUCCUGGCCUUCUAUCUCGUCCCUAUAGAUCCAUCUCAAUUUAAUCAAGAUCCGGCCUCCCCUAAUCUGUUCCAUUCUUGGUUCCAUGAACUUAGGACAUCGGUCCAUAAGGCUACUGACAAUUUUCUAUCAGGCACAUAUGAUUUUGAAUCAACUGCAUUUGAGUGAUCUUAGCGUCUCCUUCUUGUCUCUCUUCCGUAUCUUACAACCCCUUUGUAGUUUUGCUUUAUUAUGUUGGGGGAUAUUUUCUCAUUAUGAGUUACAGCUCACCAUCAACAAGAAUUCAUCUUGGAUAAUCUUUCUUGAACAAUUUACAUUGUAUGUUUCUACUACUUUUUUUCUUAAUCCUCUGUAGGGAGGUCAAAAUCCACUUCUAAAUCCACACAAUUCAAAAUAGAUCAAAAGUUUAGGUGAAAAGACAUUGUGACUUGUUUUGAUCAAAGUGCUCCCUCUGUUAUGCAAAAAUAUUAGGCUAACCACCUUGAAUGAUUGCUUUCCAACACAUAAAGUUAACCCUGGUUUUCUCUACUUCACAACAAUCCUCUCCCUAGG